AUGUGGCAACAAGUUACAUAUUUAGCCCUUUUAUUGGGUAUUUUCGUGGAGUUCACAACCAGCGCUUCGGCCGAAAAGACCGCUGAACUUCAAGACGAUUAUUCAUCAACAUGUCCUCCGGGAUAUUGGUGUAAGAAAAAGCGCGAGUUUGAUUCUAGUGAGUGUCCAAGAGGAUUUAUUUGCCGAUCUAAACGAAGCACUUCCGGUUGUCCGCCAGGAUACUGGUGCAGAAGAAGCGAAUUGGUCCUCGAUCAACCAACUGAACCAGAGAACUGCGCAGCCGAGUGAGUACGAGUAGUUUAGAUUAAGGCAUGGAUCCCAUUUUUCAAAACUCACAAGUUGAGUGAGAAGAGCGAAUGGUCAGUUGACUCUGGAAUUGACUCGAAAUUCUGCACUCUUCCCUCUUCACGCUAUUUGCAGAAAUUCACAUCCAAUUUAAUGCUAGCGCGGGCAUUCAAUUUUCCUUACGCAAUUCAAACUGAUCUUGAAUCGUAAUUUAGAAGCUUCUUUACUGGAAAUUUGCUUUACGUUAAGAAUAUGUCCACUUCAUGAUAAAUUUAUUAUGUCCCCAAGCUGUGUAAUUUAUGAUAGAUUGAUGGUAGUCGUGAAGUCACAUGCGCAAUGAAAACUUUGUUAACUGAAGGGGUGCUCUUCCGUCUUACACAAACUUUCUUUAGAUGAAUUUCGUGCUUAACUGUGAAAAUGUCAUAAGUGAAGGCUAUGGCGUCCUAGAACAUGCUCAAGUUUAUUUUUUUGACACAUGGAAAAUUUUUUCAACUACACCAGGCCCGCUUGUACAAAUUUUUAAUGCGAGGAACACAAAGAACGCACCAGUCGUGGUGUUCUAAAAAUGAUCACUUGAUCUUUUGCGCGGGAGAGUCCGAGGGAGGAUGCUCCAGUAUAGAAAAUUUGACGAUUUUACUCUAUCCAAUAAACUUAUUUUGAUGUAUUUUUCGUGGAGCAGUUUGUUGUCACCCUAGCUGGUUGUCUGUUAAAACCAUUUUUGUGGGCCUUCCCCACCUUUCGAUCCAGUACACUCAGUCAGCGUUUUGUGACAUUUUCUAGGCAUUGGUGCAAGGUUAGCAGGGAUGAGAUCAGUCAGUCUCGUUCCAUUGACUCCUGUCCGCCGGGAUACUGGUGCCGCAAGAAGCGGUCGAUUGAUCUUGUGUCCAAACGAAGCUGCCCACGCGAUUUCGUGUGCGCCCAAACGGAGCAAGAAGAUGACUCAGCCUGCCCCCCUGGAUACUGGUGUAAAAAGAAGAGAAGCAUUAUCCAUGCAUCCACCGAGAAGAACGAUUGUCCUCGUAGCUUCUGGUGUAAGAGGAAGGAAGUGAAAUCGUCUUAACGGUUCUUAUGAUCGCAAGAAAUUGCAACCUUCCGACGAUGGUUGAAAUACGAAUUUAAUAACUGAAUAACGUAGUUUUCAGAAAUCUUCUCUUAUGAAAUUGUAUUCACGAAUAUAUCUGUAAAUAAAAUUGUUCUCCUGAUCAAAUCACAGAAAAAAUUCGAAUCAAAUUAAUAAAAUUUUGUUUGAUGGGAAGAGGAGAGUCUAGGUUUUAAAGUUGAGUUUACAAUUUUUUUUUCACAAAAUAACAGCCGAUUUCUUUUUGUUUUAGCUAGUCACAAGAGAUUAUAUUCUCUUGUUGAUCAAAUGAUAAAAAUAAAUUGAGAAGUAACCUAAAUCUUGUUGGUAGUUUUAGCUAUUGAGUGUUAAAAUUUCUCAAGCUUUGAGGAAUAGCUUGCGCUCUGCAUAAUUUGCAUGAUGUUUCCUCAGUAACGGAUAGGUGUGAUUAAGGAAGGAUAUCAUCCACUCUUGCACCUUAUGAUUUAAAUGGUUCAUAAUCAAUCACAAAGUUUUAUCCUUGACUUGCUCAUUAUCCGAAUGUUGUACUUGGGUCUUAUAACCAAGAGCAGAACUGGGAUCCAGCGAAUCUUUUACGAUAUUACCUUCGAAUGGGAGGGACACCACACAACUGGAGGAACUCGUUCAUUCCAGGAUUUUUUAGGACACCACAUUAAAACACUGCAGCAACUACCGACAGCCCUAGUAAACACUGUGUUACGCUAUUUAGCCUAAUAUGAGUCGGCUAAAAGAGAAAGAAAGUGUACGUUGAAAAGAAAGUUUGUUUUUCGGGGACGUCUCCAGAUAUGAGUCAAGCCUUUCUUGCGGCGAUUAAAAUCUCCGCACCUUCUAGAUGGUGAAGUUAGGCGUAUUCUUCUUAGAUUAACCACCGCGUUUUAUAAAGUGACAUAACUUGCAGUUGGCUUCCUUAGAGAAGGAAAAGACUCAAAACUUUCGCUCAGAAAAAAAGCUAAAAGAGAAACCAAAAGAGACCGCAGCAUCUUUUAUUUUUCGAAUUUACCCAAAACAAUUAGAUAAUUGAUGUAGAAUUUUCGUUUUUUUUUUUACAGAUGAUGACUAAAAUGAUUAGGCAGUCAGUUUGGAAACCAAUCUCAAACCAGAACAAUAAAGGCUGAACGCUGGAUUUAUCUCUUAUUUUUUUUUAGAACUUGAGUCUAUCUUGGUUGGGCUAUAGUUACGUGCCAUGCGCUUUUAACUUUGCCAUUCGAACCUAAAAACAUCCGGUCAUUGUGGUUCCUAGUGAUUAGCGCAAAUCGCCUAGACUACAUCAAUUCCAAUAUUUUUCUCUAAUUAUAUUUCAGGACAAUCGUGGAACUAAGUGGGGGUGCAUAUAUCUUCAUCAUUACUUUAAACGCUCCAAUAAAACAGAACAAAGACGAAAAUAAUUUUGCUUGUAUCUUCUUUGUUGAAAACGCAAUUUUAGAACUCGAAGGGAGGGAAAUUCUUUGAACCUUCCAGCCAUGCAUAAAAGACAGAAAAAAAUCUUAGUUGUACUUUCUGAAUCGCACCUUUAUCUUGCCAGGGAAGGAAGAUGCUUUCAACCUAACAACAAAGCAGAAAAGACGGAAAGCUUUCUAGUUGUAUUGCAUUCAUAGUACGCAC